AUGUCCGACCAACUCAUCAACCACUUGAAGGCCAUCGAGCUACAGCUGCAGAAGCAGGGGAGGGUCUUGCAGGAUGGCGUCAACGCAAACAAAGACAAGUGGAAGUACUACAACUGCGCCAUUGAUGAGGUCCAGCGAUUGAACGAGUUGGCCAAAGCAAAAGUGGAAUUGGCAAAAGCCUUGCUCCGCGCUGCAGAGAAGGCUAAGCCAAAGAAAACUGGCACCUCUACAAAGGAGGAUGAGGGCAAGUCGCCCACCAAGAAAAGGAAGACUGCCUGA